CUCUUCCCCCUCCUCUCCUCCAUUUUUGCGAGGAAGAAAAAAAAAAAAGAGAGGGGGGAUUGGAGGGAUCGAGGGUUGAAGCCAUCGCGAGGAGACCCACUCCCUAGCGCGCGCGUGCCAGCAAUGGCGGGGUGGUGCGAGGAGGCGGUGGCUCUGCUGCGCCGGCCCGCGGUGGCGGAGAUGGCGGUGGACGUGCUGCUCUGCGCGGUGCCGAUCUGGGCGGCCGUCAUGAUCGGCCUCGUCGUGGGCUGGUCCUGGCGCCCGCGCUGGACGGGGCUUCUGUUCCUGGGCCUCCGCAGCCGCCUCCGCCUCCUCUGGGUGCCGCCGGGGCUCGGGGCGCGGAGGCUCUGGUUCGCCUGCACCGCGCUCUCCGCCUGCUCCGUCGCGCCCAGGCUCCUCUCCUCCGCCUUCCGACGGUGCCGGGGGAAGCACCAGGAGAAAGCCUCCCCCGAAGGAGACGACGCCGCGGCCGGGGCCGACGGGGGGUGCGCCGACGGCAGGACAAUAUUUGAGGGCGAACAAGAUACUGUCGCUGAGAAGGACCUAGAACAUCUCCUGCAACUUUUAGAUAACAAGGAGAGCGGGGAUACAGCAUGGCAGAAUUUGAUGGAGCGCACAACCUCCAACAUGACCUACAAGGCCUGGCGGCAUGAGCCUGAGGAGGGACCUAUAAUGUACUGCAGCCGCACUAUUUUUGAGGAUGCUACUCCUGAACUGGUUAGAGAUUUCUUCUGGGAUGGUGAUUUUCGUCUAAAAUGGGAUCCCAUGCUCGCGCACUCGAAAACUUUAGAUGAGUUCCCUCAGAAUGGAACUACAAUUGUCCACUGGAUAAAAAAGUUCCCAUUCUUUUGCAGUGAUCGUGAAUACAUCUUUGGAGGGCGCAUAUGGGAAUCUGGGAAGACUUACUAUUGUGUAACAAAGGGUGUUCCUUAUCUAUCUUUGCCCAAGAAGGAAAAACCUAGGCGUGUGGAGCUGUACUUCUCAAGUUGGCGCAUUAGAGCUGUUCAAUCACCCAAACAACCUGGCCAGCAAUCUGCAUGUGAAGUAACUUUGGUUCACUACGAGGACAUGGGCAUACCAAAAGAUGUUGCUAGGGUUGCUGUUCGGCACGGCAUGUGGGGUGCUGUAAAGAGGCUGCAGUCCGGAUUCAGGGCUUACCAGAAGAUGAGAGACACAGAAAACACCCUGUCACACAGUGCCGUCAUGGCUCGAGUGACCACCAAGGUAUCCAUUGAUGGCUCAAAUGGUCCUCUGGACCAAGUACUCUCCGGCGCUGAUAAAAAAAUCAGCGAUGGUGAUGAGAACUGGGCAGUCCAACAUGGUUUCGACUGGAAAUGGGUGGUUGUUGGAGGUGCAGUGGCCGCCGUGUGUGUGCUCAACACCGGACUGGUUGGAAAGGUCCUCUUACUAGGGGCAGCAAGAAGGCAGGCAAGGAAGUGAAGUGAGGGGCACCUUUGAAUGUCUGCACAAGACGACAACAGAUCCUAACCAGUAGCUGCAACCUUACAGUCAAAAGAUGAUAAGCAAUGGGAUGGGUUUCAACAGGAGGCAGAUAAUUACAAUGCAUGAUUUUGGAUCGUGUCUUUAUGAGGUAGAGCACGUCUGUGUUACCAUAACAGGUCCAGCGGUGUCGGGAACUGCUGGCUAAUGUAUCUGAAUAUAUAAGAGGUUAUGGAGAGAUUUUGCUGCUGUACUGCAUGCUUUCAGCCUUCUACAUUCGUAUUUAUUCUUGAUAAAUUUCGUCUUAUGACCCUGGGUAACUCUGUAAUACUUGUGAGGCUGACGUGGUUUCGGUGCCAAUGGUGGCAAUAGAUGAAUUGCCCCCUCUAUUAUGUUUCCUAA